AUGGAUCAAAUACCCUUCUGGCCGGCCCCGGCCAACGCCGCGGGCGGAUGUUCAUGCAAUAUUGGAAAGGUGGCUCGGAAAGAGACGCUGAUCUCUGCGCAACUCACGGAGUGCAGCAAUAAUAUGACCAAUCUCAACCAAAUGUCCGAGGUGGAGGACAUGACGAACUAUGCUCAGGCCUGUAUCUGCUGUGCACAGAGUGCUGUUGUGUCUGCGUAUGUCUACAAUCCUAUCCCCAGGCAAAGCGCCCCAGUGAUUUUUGAAGACACGCCUCGUCGACUAACUUCCUCUAGCAUCUGGGGAGUGUGCCCAAAUACGAAGCCCUCCGAAAUUGGAGCCGAUUACUGGUACGAUGCGUUCCUGGGCCCUCAUCACUGGGAGGAUUGCGGUCCAUAUCUUGAGGCAUACGACUGCGGCAGUGACUUGGGGUACGCCGCUGAGAGUGCUGGUGACACACAUACUUUCUAUAAGCCGAAAAAUCUUCCUAAGAAUGGAACCGAGACACUCUACAACAGUGGCGGUGUCCUAAGUACCCCGGUCAGCGGAGCGACUUUCACCUGGACAGCUGACUCUCUUUUACAUGCUAUCACUGCUGCUUCGACGAAUAAUAUUGUAUCAGCAACUGGUGCGGGUGCACAGGGAGCCACGGCGAUAGCAACAGGGACGGGCGCGAGUGCUACAGAGACCGGCGGUGCGAUUGCAUACAACCCGCCUACAUGGGCCAGUGUAGGCAUGGCCGGUGCACUUGCUUUUAUCAUUGCUUGA